CUACCGGAAGUAGUUAUUUAGCGGCAGUUAGCAACAGCUAGUGGUGUGAUUUAUGUUGCGCUUAUUUAAAGGACGCUAAAAACAACAUGUCAGGGCAAACGUUAACAGUGACAGUUGCAUACGGAUCUGCUAAGCACAGCAUAACAUUAACUGGCCAGGAUGAGGGCAAAGGCCCCAUUGUCAAAGACCUCUCAGAUGCUCUUACCCAAGCCACUGGAGUUCCUCAAACGUCACAGAAGCUCAUCUUCAAAGGAAAAUCCCUGAAGGAUGUGGAGGAGAGUCUGUCCAGCUAUGGAGUAAAAGAAGGCUGCAAACUCAUGCUGAUUGGAAAGCGGAAUAGUCCUGAGGAAGAAUCUGAACUGAAGAAGCUGAAAGACAUUGAGAAAUCUGUAGAACAGACCGCUAAAAAGCUGGAGAAGGUAGACGGAGAGUUGACUGGACUCAAGAACGGCUUUCUUGCCAAAGACCUGCAGGCAGAGGCGUUGGGUAAACUAGACCACCGAGUGAAAAUAGCAGCUGAACAAUUCAUGAAAAUUCUCGAGCAGAUUGAUGCUAUGAAUAUCCCGGAUAAUUUCAAUGACUGCAGACUGAAGAAAAAGGGACUUGUAAAGAUCGUGCAGGAUUUCCUGGCACAGUGUGACAAGAUCGAAGCUUGUAUAGCGGACCACCUAUCAAAGAUUCAGUCGAAAAAUCUCGCCCUGGCGGAGUAGAGCCGCAACGUGUCCCAUAUCAUGUGCUAAUCAUUGCUCUGUGAGCAGCUGCAAAGUGUACAGAAAGCGUCACGUGUGGAUGCUAUCUUUGUCUAUUUAUUGUUGGGUUGAUGUGUACGAGAGAGCUUUCAUCACAGUGGGUCCUGUGAACAGAAGGAGGCUGAUUAUUGGCUCGAUGCUAGGUGCCAGGGAUAUGUCCUCUGGAUUAAAGACACAUUAAGAGCUCCUCAUGAAAUUGUAAACACAGAACCACUGUGCAAGUGUUUUGAUUUGUGGCAUAUGUUGUUGGUCAGAGGUUUUCUAAAUGGCACACCAAACUAUUAAAGAAAGCUUAAUGAAAAAUAUAACAUUAGUUGUUUUUAGAUAAAAGACAAUCGCAUGGUUAAAGCAUUUCCGGAAUUGUGCUGUUCAUUCCACUUUCCAACAGUCAGAAACAAUAUGUGGCCAUGUCACCUCAAUUGUUAAGUGGGUAUUGUAUGAAAUAUUAUUAAGAUUGGCAUCCAGGAUUUGAGCAAAACCAAGCUAAUCAACAAAGCAAAGGAAGGGCCUUUCCCAAACUGUGACUUUGAAAACCUCUGAUCCCUCUUUAAAGCCUCCAAAAAAAACUACCAUGGCCAAAUCAAAUAAGUCCUUCACCAUGAUGUCAGAAAUGUGUUUAAAAACGUCAUCAGGUUAUCAUCAAGUAUCUCAAACGGUCCAUAAGACAGGGAACAUGAUUUUCUUCUCAUUGUGGAGUGCAAACUUUGGCGUUUCUCGAUGUAUCAGUUUGUUCACACGUGGCCAAAAAUAUGUGGACAUUAAUGAGCAUAAAUAUGCCUCAGUCUUUUGGAAAAUGGGUCUUUCAUCAACUUUUAUCUUAUCUACUUCUAUAUGGUAACUUGAAACUAAACGACUGCUCAAACCAUUUGUAGGUCGAAAGCAGAGCAGCUAUUUUGAUCAUAGACUUGCUGCUUUUCAUCACGUGCUAGUACACUGAAUAUUUUUGAGCUUUCAGACAAAGGGAAAAAUUUGACGGGCAUUUUUCAAAACAUUUUGAAGUUGCUACACUAUUUUAAUAAAAAGAACAAGAAGUACAUACUGCUGUCCACCAACCUUUGGCCAUGUUGUGUAUUUAUACUUCUACAUUGAUUCAGCCCCUUUAGUUCAAUCCAGUGACUGAUCCUGUGAACUUGCGUACCUUUGAAUUUAAGUGUUCACUGUUGAAUUGUUAUCAUCAUUAAAACUGACACAUCACAUGUAUUUUCCUUUGUUUUAAAAUAAAAUAUUUGAAAAUGU